AUGCUGAAACCUCACAGGUCCGCAGUUACUGAUACCCAGUCCCUAAGAUCCUCGAUCUUGAACUACAAGUGGGAAAACGGGCGGCGUUACCACGCUUAUCAGGAAGGAUCUUACUGGGCCCCCAACGAUGAUCGCCAGCAAGAAGCCGAAGACCUUAUGCACGAAGUAUAUCGGAUCAUCCUGAACGACAAACUGUACGAGGCCCCUAUCGGAGAUAAGCCACAGAAUGUUUUGGACCUUGGCUGUGGGACUGGCAUCUGGGCUAUUGAAUUCGCCGACAUGCAUCCCUCCGCAGAUGUUCUUGGUGUUGACCUCUCCCCAAUUCAACCCAACUUCGUGCCUCCUAACUGUAGGUUCGAGGUUGAUGAUAUUAGCCAAGAUUGGACAUAUCCCGAGAACAAGUUCGACUUUGUUCAUCUUCGUGGCCUAACCGGCUGUAUUCCCGAUUGGACCAAAUUUUACGAGGGCGCUAUCAAACACGUCAAACCCGGUGGCUGGAUCGAACACGUCGAACUAUGGGGUACUGCAAAGUCAGACGACGAUACUCUGAGAGCUGACUCACCCCUGAAGACAUGGGUCGAAAUCUUCACGAAACUAGGCGAGAUGACCGGCAAGACCUUCUUCUGGGACCACAAAGCAGCCGAGUCUGUCAGAGAAGGCGGCUUCAUCAACGUCACAGAGCGUCGAAUCAAGGUCCCCAUCGGAACGUGGCCCAAAGACAAGCAGCUCAAACAGUGGGGAGCUUGGAACCGCCAAUUCUUGUUACAAGCUCUUGAAGGGUUUUCGAUCCGUGGUCUUACAGAAAUGUUGGGGUGGAAGUACAAAGAUGCUCAGUUGUAUUUGUCGGAUAUGCGGAAGGAGUUGACUAACCCGAAACUUCACUCCUAUCUUGAAGUUACUGUCGUUUAUGGCCAAAGGCCCGAGGCCACAGGUGAAGAGGUUUAG